AUGCGUCUCCAAGCCACCCGCUGCCUAGUCCUCCUGGCCACUGUCACAGUCGCUGGCGCUAACGAUGUUGUAUCUUUCCUUUAUCCCGAAAGAUCCUUUCCUAGCGACGCUAAGCUCAUUGGCACUACGGGUGGCGCCCUUACUACCCUUGUAUUCAACUGUGCUGAGGUUGCACCCAUUACUCUCGCCAGUGUCGCAGCUCCUAGAUCUAGUGCAGCACCCGAUGAUGAUGAUCAGUGCUGGGUCCCCGACGCGGACUAUACCAUAACCGCGGGAAGCACCACCUUUGAGUUUGCCUAUACGACCCAUGGCUUCACCAUCUCAGCCGGCUGUUCUUUCGCCAGCACCACCUACGCAUCCUGUAAAGCCAUUAGUACGUUCGUCUCGGACACCGGAAUUCAGAGUUUUGACAGCAGCUCCCGCAUCCCCCAUAUGACUGUCACCAUCACUGCCACUGAGUCUGUUCCUGCCAGUGCUACCGCCUCAGUCACAAGCUCCAGUGUUUCUAAGACCACCGCUUCUGAUAUCGGUAGUACUACACUGGGAUCUUCCGUUUUAUCCUCUGCAACUUCCACUUCCACCGUGGACACUAGUGACAAUGCGGCUAUGCCAUUGGCCACUGGCACUGCUCAGUGGGUGGCUGGCGGUGCGGCUAUGAUGCUUGCGCUGGCGAUAGCUUAG